AUGGCUGAAAAAGGAGCGCAUUUAACUGGAACAACAUUUAUAAAACCUUCUAUUUUCGAGGUUAUAGCACAAGAAUCAUUUGCAUCUACUGUCGAACCAGCUUUUAAAAAACUUCUAUCGUUUAUUGCAUCAUUUAAUAUCGAAAGAUAUGGACAUCUUCUUAGAUGGACAGAUGAAGGCUAUUUAAUAUUUAAUACAUUUCUCCAAUGCCAUUAUUUUAACAAAUAUUCUGCUUCAUUUUCUGAAGCAUUUUAUGGUCUAAAGCGCAUAACUAUAAUAGAUUCAAAAGUUAAAUGCAGUUUAUCAAACAAGCAAAGAAAUCUUUCUUUGAUGUUAUCUCUUUUGUUUCCUUACAUAAAAAGUAAGCUGUCUCAGUUAAGCCAAAAGUAUGAAUUCGAAGAUAUAGAUGGCUGUAUUCCACAAUCAAAAUGGCAACAAUUGUAUCAUAAUUGCAUUAUUAAAGGGAAUAUGAUAAUUUUCACAAUAUAUGAAUUCAUGGUGUUAUAUAAUUAUAUACUUUACAUUUCUGGAAAAUCAGCAUAUACUUCUCCACUUUUGAGACUUUUAUCUAUCACUUUAACAUAUACAGAACCAGAACCAAUAAUUAGCAUUUCUAGUUUACUAAAAAAAAUUAAAGUAAAUUCCUUUGGAGUUAGCGAUGGUAUAGAUAUAUUCCAGAGAAUGGUGACUGCAUCCCUUGAAUUUGCCGCAUUUUUCCUUCAAUUCUUAUCCUGGUGGACUCAAGAACAUUAUUUAGUUAAUUUAUUGUCAUUACCUAUUCCACCACCGCCAAAGAUUCCAGAAAUAGCAAAACAAUACAAAGGCAUAUGUCCAAUUUGUCAUAAAGCACUCAGAAUACAUACAGUACUUUCAGUAUCUGGUUACGUAUUCUGUUAUCAAUGCAUUCUGCCUGUGAUACGCACAAAUAGAAAAUGUCCAGUGACAAAAUAUCCUGCCAAAGAAGAUGACUUGAUACGCUUGUAUUUAGAUUAA